AUGAUGGAACCAAGGCUUGAGCGGGUGCGCGUUGAGGGUCUGGUCUUGUUGAAAGUCAUUAAGCACUACCAGGAUGAAGCUGUAUCAAGCCAGUAUCCAGUUCAUGGAGUUUUACUGGGCCUCCGCAAGGGAAAUGAGCUGGAAGUGACCAAUUGCUUUCCCUUACCCAAAACUCAAGAUGACGAUCCGAACGCUAACGAAACUUUAAAUGCAUUCGAAACUAAAAUGAUCAAAAUUCUUCGUCAGCUCAAUGUGGAUUAUCUCAACGUUGGCUUUUAUCAAAGCGGACCUGGUGGUGUGACCAUCAACAGGGCUAACAUUGAUAAUAUAUUCCAACGUCAGGUUGAUGUUCCUGAAUCCAUCCUUUUGACGUAUGAUCCAACGAGGACUGCUCGGGGCCAGAUUGGCCUGAAGGCAUACCAACUGUCACCGGAUUUGCUUACGGCCCGAGAGGAAGCGGAGCGCCGUUUGCGACUAUCCACAAAUAUCAAGGGUCCAGAUGUGUUUUGGGAAUGUGAAGCUGCCACAGCUUUGGGUCGGAGUAAUUUCACGCGUCUGUUGGAUGAAGUACCCGUAGUUAUUCACAACUCGCAUCUGGUGAACAUCGUGUUGUGCGACAUAAUGGGUGAUGACGAACUGUCGAGGUCCACUCAAUCGAAUAAUUCAUCCAUUUUGGAUCUGGCCCCGCCCUUACCAAGCGAUCAUCCCGGUCGGUAUUCUGCAUUGAAUUUGAGCAUGGCCACUAGUCUGGAACAACAGUUACGUUCGUUACUGUCUGGACUGGAUAAUGUGCACGAUUAUCAGUAUUUGUAUCAAAGAAGUCUGGCCAAAUCACAAUCAUCUGGAAUAGGAAAGGUAUUUGGUCAUGUGUUAGAUAUGGUUCAUUUAAUUUUUCGUCUACUAUGCGUUUGCGUGUUUGUUGGUUCCGGACUAUUGGGCUUGACGUGGUAA